AUGGAUACCACCAAUGGGUUCCAUUUACUGCUUGAAGCGGCACUAAUGCUUAAGGAAGAGCAAGUAGACGCGGAUUUCAGUAAUCCGUCAGUGGCGCUAUAUGAGGAGAUCGAAAAUUGCUCUGUAACGGAGAAUCCAUCUUUCAUGGAUAUUAUUUCGUCUACCCCGUUACAUAACAGAUCUAUAAUUAAACCGAAGCUUGAAAGUAGAAAACCUAACAAUAUGUCACUGAUGGUUCAAAUCACAGAAAACAUAUUACUUCGUACUCCUCGCAGCGAAUGUAGCUCUAGUCUACUUGUUCGGACCGCCGACGAGGAAUACAUUCGUACUAUCAGAGCGAAGACGACACCCACAUUCCAGCAUCUUUCCCGCGAUGUUUGGAAUAGUACAAAUUUUUCUACUCAAUCCACAACAAAACAAAAACAGAAUGCAUCACAUUUCUACGAUAGCUUCGGAUCAUCAUCAUGUGGCAACCGUACUGGAUUAAGGAAACACCGCGUUUUUCGGAACGAUUCAGUACGUACGGCAAGAAGCGAUCGCACUCUUGAUGAUCCAUCAAACCGUAUUUUGAAACAUCGGGCAUUGAGAAAUUCUUGUGAGCGCCAUUUUUUAAAACAACGUAGUAAUGAAAAAAUACGUUCUACCGUUAUGAAAACAUCACACACAUCCAAUAGAAAAACACCGGUGAUAUCUAACGGUCAUUCGUCAUGUGCUUCAAUCAUUGAAGAAGACCAAUUUCAAUGCUGCAAUCAUAGUUCUCACUCUGAUUCUGAUGGUAGUGAAGGCGAUGUCGAUACGGGAAAUGCUGAAAUGUUAAAUAAUUUUUCUAUUUUUGAAUAUUUCGAACCUUAUCAUAACGAAACUCUAAUUAUUGAGGAUGAUGGUACGGAUGCAGAAUCUGACGAAUUGGAUGUUGAUAACUUCGACAAACCUAUUCGAGAACCAAAAGACGACAAUUUAACCAGGAAAGAACUGAGGGAACGGGGAAUGGAAUACACAAAUUGCAGCGGCAGAAAAGUACCUGCUCGAACAACCAAAGAGUCAUGCAGAUGUGCUAGAUUGAAUUGUAGUUCUAAAUACACAAAGGAAAUACGAGAAAAACUACUAUACAAUUUAUUACGACUCAAAUCUUCCGGACAAAAUCAGUUCCUGAGUUCGCAUAUUCAUGUAAAAUAUGCAGCCACGCAUCGAGUAGGUGUUUGGAAAUUUUGCAUUCAUGUAGUAUAAUAUCACUU